AUGAAAAAAGAAUUAGAAAAUUAAAAAUACUAAAUAUAAUAAUUUCAUAAUUCUUAUGAAUAAGUAUUUUAGUAUUUUUAUUUUAGCUCACUUAUAACUGUUAUGAAUUCAAAGAUGAAAUUUAUAAAUAAAACUUAAUUAUUUAAUCUUAAAAUAAUACUAUAAAAGAACAAGAAGCAUUGCUAAAUAAGUUAGAAAACAAUUAGUAAAGAAACAAUAUGUAGUUUAGUCAAAUGAUGGAAAAUUGA